AUGAUGCCCCUGAUCACCCUGCUAUCCCUGCUCAUGCUGGGAGCCCAGGCCUGGCAUGGGGUCGAGUGGACCUACUCAGAGGGUGUGCUGGACGAAGCACACUGGCCGCUGGAGUACCCGAAAUGUGGGGGGAGAAGACAGUCGCCCAUUGACCUGCAGAUGAAGAAAGUUCGGUACAACCCUUCUCUGAGGGCUCUGAACCUCACAGGCUACGGACUCUGGCACGGGGAGUUCCCCAUGACCAACAAUGGCCACACGGUACAGAUCAGCCUGCCAUCCACCAUGAGCAUGACGACAUCCGACGGCACGCAGUACUUAGCCAAGCAGAUGCACUUCCACUGGGGCGGAGCGUCCUCGGAGAUCAGCGGCUCUGAGCACACUGUGGAUGGGAUGCGAUACGUAAUUGAGAUUCACGUCGUCCACUACAAUUCUAAAUACAAUAGCUAUGAGGAAGCCCAGAAAGAGCCGGAUGGUUUGGCUGUGCUGGCGGCCCUGGUUGAGGUAAAGGAUUAUACUGAAAAUGCUUACUACAGCAAAUUCAUUUCUCACUUGGAAGACAUCCGGUAUGCAGGACAAAGCACAGUUCUGAGAGGCCUUGACAUUGAGGACAUGCUACCUGGGGACCUCAGCUACUACUACAGCUACUUGGGGUCACUCACCACUCCUCCCUGUACAGAAAACGUCCACUGGUUUGUGGUAGCAGAUACUGUCAAGCUCUCCAAGACACAGGUUGAGAAGCUAGAAAAUUCCUUAUUGAAUCACCAGAACAAGACCAUCCAAAACGGUUACCGCAGGACUCAGCCCCUGAACCACAGAGUGGUGGAAGCCAGCUUCAUGUCUCGCCCUCAUCAGGAAUACACUUUAGCCUCCAAACUCCACUUUUAUCUAAACAAUAUUGACCAAACCCUUGAGUACCUGAGAAGAUUUAUUGAACAGAAGAUAACAAAGAGAAAAAAACAAGAGAAUUGGCCUUGA